GGAACACUUUUAAUACUUCACGCUUCACGUCUUGGCUUUGCGCUGCUUUUCUUUAUUUCUUUAAACCGCUAUAAAUAUUUAGAGUCCCAUUGGUAUCUCAAUGCCCUAAACUCGCUCGCAUUUCCUCACGCGUUAGGGUUUGAGCAUACUGCUUUUCACUAUGGCUCGGAGAAGAAGUCGACGAACCCUAGACGACUUGCCAGACGGCAUUCUGCGCUUGAUUCUCAGUAAAAUUCCCUUCAAAGAAGCAGUGCGUUGUUCAGUUGUCUCAAAGGGAUGGAGAUCUUGUUGGAGAUUUGUCGAAAACUUAAAAUUUUCAGAGGAUUUCUUUUCUUUAUUGCAUAGCCCUACUGAAAUCCAAAAUAUAAUAGAUCGUAUUUUUGAGCUUCAUUCUGGUCCAAUUGAACUUUUCGAGUUUAACAAUGUUCGAUUCUCCUGUUCAAGUGACAAGAUUUCUGAUUGGAUUCUUGGAGCUGCUCUUAAAGGUGUGAAAGAGAUUAAGAUUGCAGAGAAAGAUUCAGAAAUUUCUGAAGUUCCGGCAGCCAUUUUUUUAUGCCAAACGCUCAGAUCUUUGGCUCUGACAAAUUUUCUUAUGACAAGCCUGCCAGACCGUUUUGGUGGCUUUUCUGGGCUGACAAAUCUGGAUCUUUAUAAAGUUGAGCUGAAAGACAGGAUCAUUGAGCUCAUGUUGCAAUUAUGUUCAGGUUUGGAACUUUUAAUCCUUCUUAACUGCAAAGGGCUUGAGAGAUUAAAGAUAUGUUCAAAGAGUCUCAUUGCUCUCUCUAUCUCCUCUGAAAUCAGAGCAAUAACAGCAAAUUGUCCGCGAUUAACCAGCCUUCAUGUAAUAUUGCUUCAUAACACCAAGGUGGAAUUGGAUUUGCCAGCAUGUUUAAGCCUAUGUACAAAUAAACUUGAAUCAUUUACAGGUCUAAGAACACUGAGAAAAAUUAUCUUUAUGAACGGGAUGUUUUGGCGCAAUGUAAAGAUUCUCAAAGAAUUUCCAGACUUGGAACAAAUGUGUAUACACAAGGGUAGAUACUCAGAUACAGACUUUUCUCGGCGUGAUGAUGAGGCGAUUUUACCGCUGGAGAAUCUAAAGGGGGUUCAUCUGAACAUAACCUACUUUCAUGAUCCUGUGCCUCUACUUUCCUGUCUUUUCCGAAUAGCUCCUGCUCUGAAAACUUUAUUAAUUUCCCGAAAGAAAGGAUUCGAUGGCGUUAAUGCUCUGCGAUUUAUCAACCUGGCUUGGAAUCUUCAGCGACCAUCUACAGAAACCAAAGUUUUCUUAUCACGGCAUACUGUCAAGGAAGAGAGAUGCUUCGACUGCAAUCUUGUGAAUUUUAUCAGAGAGUGAGACGGAAUCUUGUGGUGAAAAGAAACGCAGGGUUUAUCUUGGCAUCGACGGAGAGAUUAGUUAGGGUUUGUAUUUAAAUUUUUUGGGGUUAAUACUACAGUUGGAAGGAUGAAUGGUAUUAUUAUACAUUGAAGUUUUUGUCUGGUUGAUAUUACGGUUGGAAGGAUGAAUGGUAUUAUUGUACAUUCAAGUUGAGAAAGUAUGUAUUUUAUGGAGAGGAUGACUAAGUUUUAUGCGUUCAAGAAGUUAAUUCUGUA